ACGAGAGAAAAGAUAGGCUGACUUUCAGAAAUUUUAGUCCAUUUGAUCAAUCCAAAAGUGCAUAGUUUGCCACGUGUCUGUUUUUACUCUUUUUGAAAGGUAAAAAAAAAUAAAAAUCAAUUAAACUUAAUGGGUUGAUUGCACAUUUGAGUGACAUGUGGAAAAGGUAAAUCAAACGGCUGAGAUUAAAUGGUUACAAUUAAUUAUUUAUUAUUUGUUUGUAAUAAUAAUAACAAAAAAAAUUCCUCGUCUUCUCUCCUCUCUCUGAAACAACAGUUUCAUCUUCUCAAUCUUCCUCUCUCCGCCGUUGCUGCCAUCUCCACCACCGCCCACGUCAUCCGUCCUAACGGCACUUUUCUUCCUCUCUUCUGCUACACAGCGGCGUUCUUCUUCCCCUUACUCGGUGCUUGCCGUCUCACCGUCGUCCUCUUUCAAUUCUCUGUUCAAAAGAUAAGUUGCUGUUCUGUUUUUUUUCAAUCACUCUGUCCAUUUUCAUGUUUCAGUCUUAGUUUGGGGGUUUCGUGUAUAAAAUCCUAUGUUCUUGUUAGUUUGGUGUUUUUUUGUAGGAAUUUUCAAAUUUCAAUCAUUCCAAUUGCAAUACAACAACAAAUCAAGUUUGCUGAAUUUUGAUUAGAACAUCCUAUAGAAUUAAUUACAUUUGUAUUCUUCGACAAUGCAAACAGCAUUGGGGUUAUCAGUUUCAAUCCCAUAUUGUAAUUCCAGAUUCUCAAUCGAUGCAAACUUGUUCAUGUUCAGCUCUUCCUCUUCCAUUCCACUCAAAUUCACUUGUGGUUUUUCCAAACCACUUUCAUACAUAAACAUACUACAUCGCUGGAAGAGUAGUUAUGUUGUUUGUGCCCAAAAGAACAAUGAUCAGUAUGAUGAUGGAUUUUACAUGAGAAAAAGUGUUGAACUUGCUAGAAAGGGUUUAGGGUAUACAAGCCCUAAUCCAUUAGUUGGAUGUGUUAUUGUCAAAGAUGGUGAAGUUGUUGGUCAAGGUUUCCAUCCUAAAGCAGGCCAACCUCAUGCCGAGGUGUUUGCUUUGAGAGAUGCUGGUGAUUUGGCUGAAAAUGCAACAGCUUAUGUCACUUUAGAGCCUUGUAAUCAUUUUGGAAGGACUCCACCCUGUACUGAAGCUCUCAUUAAGGCCAAAGUUAAAAAGGUUGUUGUUGGGAUGGUGGAUCCAAAUCCCAUUGUGGCCUCUAAAGGGGUGGAUAGAUUGAGAAAUGCCGGAAUCGAAGUUGUUGUUGGCGUCGAGGAAGAAUUGUGCAAGGGCCUCAAUGAGGCAUAUAUUCAUCACAUGUUGGUCGGAAAGCCUCUGUUUACAUUGAGGUAUUCUCUUUCUGUCAAUGGGAACUUGUUGGACUCACUUGGGAAUGGAGUUACUGAAUCUGGUGGAUACUAUUCUAGGCUAUUACAAGAAUAUGAUGCGGUUAUAUUGUCUUCUUCCUUAUUCCGCGAAAGUUUGUCUGUAGACUUGGUACCUUUGUCUCAAGAACCUGGAGCCAAUCAACCUAUUCGGAUUAUAGUGCAUAAAGAUUCUGGUUCUUCAAAUCAAAUUCCAUUGGUCAAUAAUAAAGUUAAUGAUAAAGUCAUAAUCUUUACAGAUUGUAGAGAAACAACUGCUUCAGAAGAGGCUCAACAGGGAAUUGAAACUGUGUCUCUGGAUGAAAUAAAUCUGGAUGCGAUCUUGGAUUAUUGUAAUCGUCAAGGAUUGUGUAGUGUUCUGUUAGAUAUGAGAGGGAAUUGCAGUGAAUAUGAAGAGCUUGUUAAGGAGGGUAUUGAGAAGAAGUAUAUCAAUAAAUUUGUGACAGAAAUUUUGCCUGUUUGGAAAGGAUGUACUCAGAAUGAUACUUUAUUACAAUUAAAGAACUUAGAUCAAGGAGUAAAAGUGGGAUAUUUACGCCCCAUGGCCUCGGCUCAAAGUGUUGUAGUCGAGGGAUAUUUAAAUAUUAAAUAAUUGGUUUCAUAGAUGCCAAAGACUCCCCAUCCAUAGGUCUUUCUGUGUUUUGUUUCAAGGGCAUUAUGUGCUCAUGUAGACUAAAACUUAAACGCAAAAUUUUCAUAUUGCCUGUUGGACACUCGGAGGGUAUUAUGCUAUAAGUGAUUAUAUUUUACUUGCAUGUAUUUGGGAUCACAUUUUUCUGAGUUGGAAGUUGUUACUUGUAUGCCACAUGUUUCAUGUCGAUUAUAUGUGAGCAGUUUGAUUUGAUCAGGA